AAAUCACGUUAUUUCUCCACGUGGUCUUGUCGCGUCGCGCUUUGUCUGUACCACCGUCCAAUGUCCAUGGAUGUCAAAUGGAGAAAUCUCCUUUCUUGGCUUAAUGACCAUGGAAUGGACACGAAUGAAAAUUCCUUGCUCGUUGAACGUAGGCUGACAUAUCCAGGAACAGAAUACUAUGGUUUAUAUGCUAAAAAGGCACUUUCUCCGAAGACGACGUUGUUUACUAUUCCGAGAACGGCUCUGUUGAAUCGCAAGACUCUUUCGUCCUAUUACGGCACUGCUGCCAAAUCGCUAUCAGCAAUGCAAAUGAUAUCUUUACAUCUACUAUUACAUCGUCCUCUUCCGGGCAGGGAAUCUCUGGAUCCUCUUUUCGGACCCUACAUUUCGACUCUACCUCAAAAUUUUGACUAUCAUCCGUUGUCGUGGACAAUCAAGCGCAAUAUCGGACCAUCCCUUGAUAUCCUUCCUCCUGAUGCCUCUUGGGCUCUUCAAGAUCUUUCUUCCAAGUUUCGAAAUGAUCUAGCGGCCGUAUCAUCAUUCGUGCAUGAUCAUCCACAGAUUUUGAAGGCAGCUUCGAAAGCCCCUAGCGAGUUUAUGGAAGAUAACGAGUCGCUAGUCCAUGAUUAUCUGUGGGCUUGGUUGAAUGUGAAUACGCGAUGUAUAUAUCACCAGAUCAAAAACUCUCCUUCAGAUCCUGACAACAUAACUCUCUGUCCGAUCUUAGACUUCGCAAACCAUUCGUCUCACCUACCUGGCAUGAAGCCUCCAUCUCCGGGCAACGGAAACCUCCGCUCGAACUUGUAUCGCGAUUUCUCCCUUCUAUCUCCUUCUGAUUCCUCCGUUGAUGCAGAUAGCGAACUGCAUCUGCAAUAUGGAGCGCACUGCAACCGUGUGCUGUUCAUUGAAUACGGGUUUGUGCUGUCACCAGAUUCAAUUCCUGAAGAUCAACGCACUUUGGAGGUCAAUGUCGAUGACAUUGUGGAAGCUCUUGUCGUUGAGAAAGGCGAAACAGGCGUGUGGAUGAAGAGCGUCUUAGUUUUGGACAAUUACUGGAGGGAUUGGACAAUGCAUUAUGCGUCCGGAUCUGCAUUCCCUUCGUAUCGACUGGUCAUGGCUCUGCGCUUAAUAUCUAUUUUCCCUUCGGGGCCACUACCUUCAUCUUCAGAGGAGAUGCUCCGCCCUUGGAAAAAUGUCGUACUGGGGAACUGCGACAAGCUUUCAUCGAAUCUUGAAGAAGCAUGGUGUAACAUUCUUAGGAAUGUCUGCACCACGGUGAUCGAACGUGCAUUUACGGCGCUCGUGACUCCCGAGGUCAAAGUUCAUGAUUUUAUUGUUGCACUCUGGACAGAAGAAAGAUUUGUUGCUGAACGUAUAUUAGACCUGAUAAAAAAUGGGGAAAUCUUUUAACCUUGUCCCAACUACUUGUUUGAU